CUGCCGAGACACACACAAAUCAACUCCCUCUGUCUGACCGACCCCUCCUUCCCACCAACCAAUCGCCGGCGGCUUUCCAUUGCCGCGCUCCGUCGGUCGUCGAGGCGGCCGCUGCUCCUCCCCGCCAAUGCUGCCGACGCCCUCCUGAUUUCUUCCGGCCGCUCGAGGGCGGCGUAGCGUAGGGUUCCCCCGCGGCGGCGGGCGGACGGCGUCUUAGCUCCGGCAGCCGUUCCUCUUCCUCCUGUCGACUCCGAGGCGCUGAGGACAUCAAGGAUGAUAUGAUGCUUACAUGACAUACAUGUGCCCUGGUUCUUGUCCGUGGCUGGUCCGAUAGGAUAGGCAGGAAGCCAUGAAGAUCAGCGCGCUCAUGACCUCCGCGGGCAUCAACAUCGGGCUCUGCGUGCUCUUUUGGUCCCUCUAUUCCGUUCUGAGGAAGCAGCCAGCGUUUGUCAGGGUCUACUUUGGCCGGAGGAUCGCCGAGGAGAAUAGGCUGCUCCGGGAGGCCUUCAUCUUGGAGAGGUUUGUUCCGUCCACCGGCUGGAUCGUCAAGGCCCUGCAGUGUACCGAGGAAGAUCUCUUGGCAGCUGCUGGGCUGGACGCUGUUGCUUUCAACAGGAUGCUUGUGUUCAGCAUACGCAUCUUUUCCCUAGCCGCCAUCCUGUGCCUUUUUGGGAUUCUUCCGGUGCAUUAUUUGGCACGAAAGACGCAACACCUUGAGAUUCCUUCGGAACAAUUGCAUAUGUUCACAGUUCAGAAUGUGGAAGUGCAAUCUAGAUGGCUUUGGGUUCAUUCUGUAGUCCUCUACAUAAUAUCUGGAGUAGCUUGCUUUCUCCUAUAUGUGGAGUAUGGGCACAUUGCUAGGCUGAGGCUCCUUCACCUUAAACGCACAACACUAAAUCCAGGCCAAUUUACUGUGCUUGUUCGCGGAAUACCAAAGACAGCAAACGAAUCGUGCAGUAGUGAUGUCGAUGAUUUCUUCACCAAGUAUCAUGCAUCAAGUUACCUAUUCCAUCAAGUUAUUUACAAGGCUGGGAAAGUUCAGAAGAUAAUGACUGGUGCGAAGAAGGCAUGUGGAAAGUUGGACCACUCCACUUCCACAGACACAACUCUAGAUCAGAGCCGCAAAGCAAUUACAUACCCGUGUUGUCUUUGUGGAGCUUCUUCGAAUUCUUUCCAGUUGUUACCGACUGACGAAGUUGCAAAGAACAUAGAUAACGAGGAAUGUGCGGCUGCUUUUGUAUUUUUCAAAACUCGGUAUGGAGCACUUCUUGCUUCACAAGCACUUCAGACUUCGAACCCUACAAAGUGGGUUACUGAUCUUGCUCCAGAGCCAGAUGAUAUGUAUUGGUCAAACAUUUGGCUUCCCUAUAAGCAGCUUUGGAUUCGACGGAUAGCUACGCUUCUAGGUUCUCUUGUUUUUUCGUUCUUGUUUUUGAUACCAGUGACAUUUAUACAAGGCCUAUCCCAGCUUGAUCAGGUGCAUCGGAAGCUUCCUUUUCUUAAUGGGUUAUUAAAGCAGCCUUACAUGAGCCAAAUAAUAACUGGAUACCUUCCGAGUGUCAUACUGCUACUAUUCCUGUACACCGUUUCGCCAAUAAUGAUACUGUUUUCGACGUUGGAGGGGCCUACAUCUCACAGUGAAAGGAAGAAGAGUGCUUGCUCUAAAGUGCUCUACUUCUUCAUUUGGAAUGUUUUCUUUGUUAAUUUAACUUCUGGUGCGGUCAUAACCCAACUGAAUUCUUCUUCAACCACGAAGGACAUCGCUGUCCAGCUAGCCGGUGUCAUACCUGGGCAGACUACGUUCUUCAUCACCUAUGUUCUGACAUCAGGAUGGGCCAGUUUAUCGUCUGAACUUAUGCAACUCUUUGGUCUGAUCUAUAACUUUAUAAUAAAGUAUGUUCUGAGAAUGAAAGAAGAUACAGCGUUCGUCCCCACGUUUCCGUAUCACACAGAAGUACCAAAAGUUAUGUUGUUUGGCCUAUUGGGCUUCUCAUGCUCUGUACUGGCACCCUUGAUCUUACCUUUUCUGCUAGUCUACUUCUUCCUGGGUUAUGUCGUAUACCGCAAUCAGCUACUGAACGUUUACCGGAUGAGAUAUGACAGUGGUGGUUUGUAUUGGCCAAUUGCACACAACACGGUGAUAUUCUCUCUCGUGCUCACCCAGAUCAUCUGCCUCGGUGUAUUUGGCCUAAAAAAAUCACCAGUAGCUGCAGGCUUCGCCAUACCUCCUAUCUUCUUUAUCCUUUCCUUCAAUCAGUAUUGUAGAACCCGAUUUCUUCCUCUAUUCAAAACUUUUCCGACGCAGGACUUAAUCGACCUGGACAGGGAAGACGUAAGGUCAGGAAGAAUGGAACAUAUUCACCAUGGACUCCGUUCUGCGUAUCGCCAGUUCCCUGACACUGAAGAUAUAAAGAUGGAGAAAAUCCUGACCGUCGGGAAUGAUGAGGACCAAGACGAAGGCCGUAGCUCGAGCGAGCCCAAAGGAGAAGAAACCUGCGAGGAACAAGAGCCCACGAGGGAUCUGUCUCACCCAACGCUGAAAGGACUUCCUGUUAGCCGUCUGCAGAAUUCCGUGAGAUCCAUCACUGUCAUCUGCACUACAGAAAAGAGGUCGGACAAUACCGCAUUAGCGCAUCGAUUAACUAAUCAUUAACCCGUUCACCUGGCUGCUCAUGUAAUUAAAUGUACAUCAAUAUAUAUAUAUAUAUAGGUCAUACAUACAAGUAUAGUACAGCAUGCAUUAGGAAAUAAGUUAAGAUAGUAAGUAAUCCAAGUGAAGCAUCAUCAUGGUUGUUGGGGGUGAAAAUUUUGUUUCUGGGUCAGCAUUCCAAGUUUCGACAAACAGGAACUAAGGCCACCCAGAAUGCAUAGUAUCAUGGGCUAGUAUCAUAAUGUAUGAUACUACUUUAGCUACUGCAUCCACAUUGCAUAUAUCAUACAUUAGUAUCAUAUUAUCACUUCUACAUAUUGUGGAAUCUCGAUACAAAAUUGUGGGUAUGAUCUAUUUCGUAUCAACUUUCCUCGUUUGAUGCACCGUGAUAUUUUGUAUCAUCAUAAUAUGAAGAAUUUUGGUUUCUAUGCCCGUCUGAGGGCGCGUGCAAUUCAGUUUGAUGAACACAAUCUGUAUUUAACAAGAAGCAUGUGUAAUCAUUUUUGUAUC